AUCGUGCGUCGCUCCGAAUAUAUCCAGAAGCAAAGCCGAAGCCACUGAUCGAAUCGUACACAAAUAAAUUACCCUAAUUCACUCCAAACCAGGGUUCCGAGGCAAGAUGAUGGAGGAGGUGAAGCCGUACCCAGUCCAGCCGACUGGGGAGACUCUGGGCUACUAUGAACCUCACUCGGCCGACAGCACCUCUGAACCAAAAUCAGGGUCUAAAAAUGACCCGGAUCAGAUGGACAUUGUAAAAGCUACACAGUAUGGUGUGAUUGAUCGAGUCCGUAAGUUCGUUGAAGAAGGUUACGAUGUGAAUCAACCAGACCAUGAGAAUGUUACACUAUUACAUUGGGCGGCAAUCAACAAUAGGGCUGAUAUCGUGAGGUACCUCGUAUCCAAGGAAGCCAUCAUUGAUAAACUGGGCGGGGACCUCAACUCCACCCCCCUCCACUGGGCAGUGCGCCAGGGUCACCUCCCCAUGGUGGUGCUGCUGAUGCAGUAUGGGGCGGACCCCUCCCUGAGGGAUGGGGAGGGGUGCAGCGGCAUACACCUGGCUUGCCAGUUUGCUCACACUCCCAUCGUAGCUUACCUCAUCGCCAAAGGCCAGGAUGCUAACAUGAUUGAUGGAAAUGGGAUGACACCGCUUAUGUGGGCUGCAUAUAAAGCUUUCUCGAUGGACCCAACUCGCCUCCUUCUCACCAUGGGAGCGAACCCUAACAUUCAGGACAAGAAAUUUGAAAAUGGCGCCCUCCACUGGGCCGCAGUGCAAGGCAACAUGGCUGCCGUCAACUGCCUGGUGAAGUUCGGGGCAGAUACCUACAUGGAAAACAAAAGUCAUCAAACGUGUAUGGAUCUAGCUAAAUUAAGACGGAACGGCUACCUUGUGAUGAGGAUAAAAGAAUUCAGAGGAGAGGCUGAAGUCGACAAUUCAACGUUGCUAAAGAGGCUGAAAUCAAAUAAGGCGGUAAGGAAAUGGGUGAUGCAAAUUGUUCCAUUCCUGGUUAUCUUCCUCAUGGGCUUCAUUCCUCAACUCAGUCAGCCAUGGUGGGUCAAAAUCAUUGCAGCGCUCUGCACGUACGGGGCAGUCUAUACAUUAUUCAGAACAUUUUUUGAUCACCGGUUUGGCGAGCUUGUGUCACUCUGUAUCUCCAUAGCAACCAAAACUUUUCUCUACGGAACCUAUGCUAUCUUCCUGUGGCCUCAUCAGUCACUUCUUCGCAACGUGAUCUUCUGUGCGUCAUCAGUUUACAUGUAUUAUCAAUUCUGGGCAACAAUGAAGAGAGACCCUGGGGUUAUCCAAUGCACACAAGAAGACAGAAAGAGAACCAUCAUAGAAUUAGCGGAAACCGGUCAGCUGGAAUUGAGCAAAUUCUGUACGACCUGCCUGAUCAAACGACCAAUCAGAAGCAAGCAUUGUUCUCAUUGUGACCACUGUGUGGCCAGAUUUGACCAUCACUGCCCAUGGGUGGACAACUGUGUCGGAGCGGGCAACCAUCAUCAUUUUGUGCUAUAUUUGAUGGCUUUACUACCUUGUCUAGGGUUAUACUUCUAUGCAUGCACAAAUUAUUGGUCUAAACAAUGUACCACAACGUUUCAAGAAGAUGGUUUCUGGGUCUACCUUGGCCAGAUCAUGUCCUGUUCUCCGUGGAUUUUCUGGACCAGCUUCAACUCCUUACUGCACAUGACCUGGGUCUUUGUGUUAUUAUUCAGUCAACUCUAUCAGAUGAUUUGGCUUGGUGUAACUACAAAUGAAAGGCUGAACAUGUCACGAUACACAUACUUUGAUACGGUUCCUGAUAAACCGGGAAAAUUCACCAAUCCAUUCGACCGGGGCUUGGUCAAGAACUGUGUAGACUUCUUCGGCCUUCGCUGCGUAGGGUUAUGUCGCCCUCUGAAGGUCAACUGGGCCAGGCAGUUCACAACCGAUCUCACCCAAUCAUCUUCAACGACGUACGUCAGUGUUAGCAGCCAUGAGAACUACCAGUUUGUGUAGGAUCGACCUGGGGCCUGUAACACAACGCUUAGCAGUGACCGUAGAUCAUAUUGUAUGAUUGAUUGCAUUAACUAGAAUGUAUAAUCAGUCAUAAAUAUCCAACAUGUGAUCAAUCACUAAGCUUUGCUUUUGAGUACCUUCAUGGCAUACCUGCAGAUGAUGCUUAUCCAAGACAUUCUUUGUGUUAUUUAUUUUCAUGAAACAAUUUCUUCCUACCUUUUCACCCAGGUGUAGAAAUGGCUUUUUCUGUUUAUGGCAACUCCCGUAGGAACUCGGCAGGACAGCAUUUUUUGCUGGUAAACGCCAAGCUGGUAUAUAACCAAUUACCUAGGAAACAUUUUACGUCUUGGUUAAUCAGUCAUAGUGGCUGACUUUAUAGACGACAGAUAUCACUCUCGGGCUUUUUAUCAAAGUGGAGACAAUGGCAGAGUCGGGAUUCAAACUCACAACCUUGUGAUUAUGAGUCCAAUGCUCUAACCACUGGACCACACGACCCCGUGCUCAGGUUAGAUUAUGCUGAUACCAGAAAAUACCAAUAUUGAGCAAUCAUGUUAAUUGAAUACAUAUCAUGUACUCAAAUUGAAGGAAGUGA